UGUCCAGCAGGAGGCGCUGCGACGCGCGCCCCCUCUUCUCCUCGGUCGGGCUGACAAACAAGUAUGGCGGCGUCCAGUGUCUUCAGACCGGGGCUCUUCAAGCACAAAGUGGCGAUAGUCACGGGCGGCGGCACCGGGAUCGGUAAAGCCAUCUCUGCAGAGCUGCUGGAGCUCGGUUGCAACGUUGUGAUCUCCAGCAGAAAGGCAGAGAGGUUGGAGGCUGCAGCUCAGGAGAUGAGUCAAACCAUCCCGGCCUCCAGCUCGGCGAGUGUCACCGCUCUCGCGUGUAACAUCCGGAACCAGGACGAGGUGAAGGAGCUCGUGUCGUGCGUGCUGAAGCGGUACGGGAGGAUCGACUUUCUGGUGAACAACGGAGGAGGUCAGUUCAGCAGCCCGGCGGAAAACAUGUCCUCCAAAGGCUGGAAAGCUGUGAUAGACACCAACCUGACCGGAACGUUCCACUGCUGCCAAGAGGUCUACUCCGCAUGGAUGAAACGGCGAGGAGGCGUGAUCGUCAACAUCAUCGCUGACAUGUGGAAGGGCUUCCCCGGCAUGGCCCACACCGGGGCAGCGAGGGCAGCCGUGGACAACUUGACCAAGAGUCUGGCCAUCGAGUGGGCCGCCGCGGGGGUCCGGGUGAACUCCGUUGCACCUGGAACGAUCUUUUCCAAGACCGCAAUGGAGAACUACAAGGACCUCGGACCAAACCUCUUCAAGAUGUCUGUUCCGUUCAGCCCCGCUAAGAGGCUGGGAGUACCUGAGGAGAUCUCAUCAGCAGUGUGUUUCCUGCUCUCUCCUGCCGCCUCCUACAUCUCCGGCGCCACCCUGAGGGUGGAUGCAGGGCAGAGUCUGUACCACUCCAUGUGGGAGAUACCCAACCACAGCGCAUGGCCAGAGGCUCCAGAGGGGGAGAACCUGGACGCUCUGAAUGACCUGCUCAACCCAAAAAGCAAACUCUAGACUCCGUUCUGAGGCCGGUGUAUAAACACACACACUUGGCCAACUAGCGCUUUCAAAGAAACAAGGCACCACGGCGGCCUGUUAAUAAGACUGUGUGACGUAUUAUUGCAGAUCAUGUACAUAAUUGGACGUAAUUAUUAGCAACAAGUAUGUCUGAUUAGUUUUAUGAAUUAAUUGUGUAAUGAGCUGUUGAAUUGUAUGUAGAAUUUUUUCCCAUGCAUUUGUAAAUUGGUAUGGUGUGUUUGACGUGUUAAAUGGACACAAAAGAGAAAAACAAGCGAAAUAAAUGAAGGUAACACUUUUCUUUUCUAAAUUUCACUGAUUUAGUACCUCUUUUUCAAAUGCAGGAGCUACAAUGUUGACAGCAACAUGACCCUUACUUUUUGACCUGGACUUUGCUCCUAAGCUGAUUAAAUUAGAAAAGCUGCCCUUUUUUUGCAGUUACCUGAUCGUGUCACUUUCUGUUGCUUUAGAAAGAUUUGUUGUGUAGAAAAUGUUUUGAUGAACAUUGUUACUUUAAUAUGUAAAUGUGUGAUUUUCUCCUUUUCUAUAGCAUUUUUAAGUAAAGAUUACAUUGUUUUAAAUGACAAA